AGCGGGGAGCCCUGGGGCCAGCGUGGCUCCUGCCCGCCUCUCCAAGCCGGCCCUGACCCUGAACCUGAGGUUUCCAGCUGCUCGCCGGCGUCCCCUCCCGGACAUGGGCUGCGCGCCGCCGGGUGGGGAGAGACAGGCGCACUCUUACUUGUUACCUCUGCCUGGGCAAGGGCAGGUGACGCGCGGUGUGGGGAAAGCCUUUAACUUGGCCUCUGGCAGCCGAUUUAACCCGAGCGAGCAGGUCUUUGCUAUUUGCAUCAUCUGUAGAAACGGGAGUUGCGAGGCGGAUGAGUGACUGCAGGUCGUCCUUGGCGGAAGGAACCAUGAGCUGGCACCUCUCCCUCUUCCUCUUGGCCUCUGUGACGCUGCCCUCCAUCUGCUCCCAUUUCAAUCCUCUGUCUCUCGAGGAACUAGGCUCCAACACAGGGAUUCAGGUUUUCAAUCAGAUUGUCAAGUCGAGGCCUCAUGACAACAUCGUGGUCUCCCCACACGGGAUUUCAUCGGUCCUGGGGAUGCUUCAGCUGGGGGCAGACGGCAGGACCAAGAAGCAGCUUGCCAUGGUGAUGAGAUACGGCGUGAAUGGAGUUGGUAAAAUAUUAAAGAAGAUCAACAAGGCCAUUGUCUCCAAGAAGAAUAAAGAUAUCGUGACGGUGGCUAAUGCCGUGUUUGUUAAGAAUGCCUCUGAAAUCGAAGUGCCUUUUGUUGCAAGGAACAAAGAUGUGUUCCAGUGUGAAGUCCGGAAUGUGAACUUUCAGGAUCCAGUCUCUGCCUGUGAUUCCAUCAAUACCUGGGUUAAAAACGAAACCAGGGAUAUGAUUGACAGUCUGCUGUCCCCAGAUCUUAUUGAUGGUGUGCUCACCAGACUGGUCCUCGUCAAUGCAGUGUAUUUCAAGGGUCUGUGGAAAUCACGAUUCCAACCUGAGAACACAAAGAAACGCACUUUCGUGGCAGCCGACGGGAAAUCCUAUCAAGUGCCGAUGCUCGCCCAGCUCUCCGUGUUCCGGUGUGGGUCGACAAGCACCCCCAAUGAUUUAUGGUACAACUUCAUUGAACUGCCCUACCAUGGGGAGAGCAUCAGCAUGCUGAUUGCACUGCCGACGGAGAACUCCACUCCACUGUCAGCCAUCACCCCACACAUCAGCACCAAGACCAUAGACAGCUGGAUGAGCAUCAUGGUGCCCAAGAGGGUGCAGGUGAUCCUGCCCAAGUUCACAGCUGUAGCACAGACAGAUUUGAAGGAGCCGCUGAAAGUUCUUGGCAUUACCGACAUGUUUGAUUCAUCAAAGGCAAAUUUUGCAAAAAUAACAAGGUCAGAAAACCUCCAUGUUUCUCAGAUCUUGCAAAAAGCAAAAAUUGAAGUCAGUGAAGAUGGAACCAAAGCUUCAGCAGCAACAACUGCAAUUCUAAUUGCAAGAUCAUCGCCUCCCUGGUUUAUAGUAGACAGACCUUUUCUGUUUUUCAUCCGACAUAAUCCUACAGGUGCUGUGUUAUUCAUGGGGCAGAUAAACAAACCCUGAAGAGUAUGCAGAAGAAACCAUGCAAAGCAAAGACUACUUUGCCACGAAGAAAGACUCCUUUCCUGCACCUUUCAUAGUUCUGUUAAAUAUUUUUGUACGUCGCUUCUUUUUCAAAACUAGUUCUUAGGAACAGACUCAAUGAUGCAAGCAUUUCUGUUCUGGGAGGUACUGGAGGGAAAAAACAAGCAGGAUGACUGGAGCACUAUACUGAGGAAUGAAUGGAAAGGCUUCCAAAUGUCUAAAAGAUUCUUUAAACUACUGAACUGCUACCUAGGUUAACAACCCUCUUGAGUAUUUGCUGUUUGUCCAGUUCAGGAAUUUUUGUUUUGUUUUGUCUAUAUGUGCGGCUUUUCGGAAGAAAUUUAAUUAGUGUGACAAAAAAAAAUGUUUUAUGGUAGCUUUUACUUUUUUAUGAAAAAAAUAUGAUUUGUCUUUUAAAUUCUUUUCCCCAUCUCCAUCCAAAGUCUUGAUGGUAAGCAUUAUUUUGGGGGUAGAAACAGUGAAAUCUCUAGGCUCUUUGUGUUUUUGUUGUUGUUUUAUGUAAUGCAUGUAUUCACUAAAAGUUUAAAAAACUCCUGUCUUGCUAGACAAGGUUGCUGUUGUACAGUGUGCCUGCCACUACUGGUCUGUACUCCUUGGAUUUGCAUUUUUGUAUUUUGUACAAAGUAAAAAUAAAGUGUUAUGAGUAGUAAAAAUAAAGCCAUUUCUCUGCUAUUUGAAAA